UACAAAACCAGCCAGGGAGGGCCCAAAUCAACAAAGUUAUCUUAAGUUCUUAACAAAUAAAAGCCCAAAUAUUUAUAAUUUUAUACAUGAUUCCUGAACCUCAGAACCUGAUACAGUGAGGUGAGCAGUUAAGACUUGAGAGAGGCGGAGAGCAGAGAAUCAGAGAGAGGCUGAGGCGGUCCAGCUGGAGACUGAACAGUGGAGACUGGAGACUAGAGAGAGGCGGAGAGCACAGACUAGAGUGAAAGAACAGUUAGCUACAAUUAGAGCCAGCAAAGAUAAACAAUGGAACAAUAACUGGUAGGAGUACUUUCAGCACAAACAAUAGUUUCUAUUAGUCCUUUACAAGAUGCCCUUCAGAAUAGCCCAAAUCCGCCUUGUGAGUUCACAUCCCGAGGUUUAUGAACCGUGUGAUGAUUCAUUUGCGCUAGUUGAUGCGCUCCUGGCUGAUAGGAAUCACCUGUUAGAGCAUCAUCCUACGUUGUGCUUGGAAGUGGGUUGUGGUAGUGGUUAUAUUAUUACUUCUCUAGCUCUCAUUCUAGGACAGGAGGCUCCUGGGGUCCACUAUAUUGCUACUGAUACCAACCCUCAUGCUGUGAGGGUGACCAGCGAGACUCUAGAAGCACAUGGUGUUCACGCAGAGUUGAUAAACACUGACAUCGCGUUAGGACUGGAGAAGCGUCUGGCUGGAUUGGUUGAUGUAAUGGUUGUGAACCCACCGUAUGUGCCAACCCCUGAAGAUGAAGUAGGUCGUGAAGGGAUUGCCUCAUCUUGGGCAGGAGGGGAGAAUGGCCGGAGCGUUAUUGAUAGGAUAUUGCCAAUUGCUGACAAUCUAUUGUCAGACAAGGGUUGGUUGUACUUGGUCACACUUACAUGUAACAAUCCCUCAGAGAUAUGCCUUCAAAUGAGAGAGAGGGGAUAUGCUUCUAGAAUUGUAGUCCAGAGAUCAACAGAAGAAGAGAGUCUCCAUGUUAUCAAGUUCUGGCGGUAUCUUGAUGCUCAAGAAGAUGGAAAGCAAAUGGUGACGCCGAAUAAGACUGCUCCUGCAAGGGGGGUUAUGGAGUCCCUGUUCUCACAGUUUCCUCUAUUGUCAUCCUGGAGAAGCAACAGCAACCACAGUAGCUAAUGAAUGGGAAGGUAAAAGAGAGCACGUACGUGUGGUUGUCUGGAUAAACUGCUGUUCUGUAUCUCUAUUUUAUUUUUAUAUGAUUCAUUUGAGAGUUGCCCAUUGUCUUUUUCCCUUCCAAGUAUUCUUUGAUUCAAGAUUUGCUUAAAAUGUUGACUAACUUGUUUUGUAUUUUCGAUCAAAGUGAACAUGGGCUGAACUGAACCAUUGGGAGUCCUGGUCCUAUGAAUGACCGGUUACUUUGUACCCUGGUUUAGUUUUUAGAAUACCAUCUGUAAGGCUCUUGUCAAUUGUUUUCUCAACCAUUCAUUUACCAACU